AUGGUGCAACAAACAUCUCAUAGCACCGGCCUGGGUCUGGGCGAGCCCACCCAGCUGUCGCAGUCGCGACGCCCAAGCCAUGCUCGCUCUGUCGCUUCGAUGCGCUCGUCAAACUCACACAGCGACAAUGGCAACAGGACAGGCCAAUCGACGCCUUCGCGACUCCAGUACUCGGAUGAUUUCCGCUACCGAACGAUGGCCACAUAUAUCUACAACCGCAUCAUGGUCAGCGGCUGGAUUCACCCUGACUCGGCCCACGACCCAGACAACAUCCACGGUGUGCUCAUUCGCCGCGCACGAGGACAGUACCUCUCCGUUCCGGAGCCUGUCCACCCUGUUCUCCACGAUGCAGUUAGCCGCAUGAACUUGGCUGUUGCCAUCACGAUCCGUCCUCGCCUGUUGGAGGGUAUAAUGUUGGUUUUGACAGAGGGCCAAACCGAGCUCCGCUUCAAGGACGGCUCGCAGCUGCAGGUCAUCGACUCUCUGCACCACGCACAUCCCACCACUGUCAAGAAGUAUCAGUAUGCCUGUAUCUGCCAGCAGGAGCGCAUGCUGCUCGUCUGGCACGACGACAUCUCGCAUGUCCUCAGCCACGCUGCAAAUCUUGAAGAGAAGCUUCUUACUAUGAUUUGGGGAUCUGGCAAGGUGGCCAACAAUGUGCUGUCCUCGCCCUUCCGCACGCCUUCUAUCCUGUCAGGCAACAUUCCUAGCGGCUACAACACGCCUGCCGCUGGCAUCAAUGAAAAAGCUGCGUACAUCACCGAGGCUGACGAGGCCGAGGGCGAUGAGGAAAUUGCCGCUGAGAAGGAAAAGGCCAUGGAGCGCCCCGAGUCUUUGAAGCGGCCCGUCAUGCGCACUUCUGCCGUCUUCAUCGGCCUCGCCAUGGCACUCACCAUUGUCCUGCUCGUAGGCGUCUACAUCGGGCGACUGGUUAGCGAGUGUCUGCUUGACGGGUACUGGGUCCGCAUGGCGCUCGUUAUCCCCAUUCCCCUGCUGGCAUGUGUCAGCCUCUUCUUCUUCCAGAUUGUCUUUUCCGACAUCUUCCAGAUGCUAGGCCCCAUUGGCGGCAACACGACCAACUCGCGCUACUUUUCGUGCCACAAGCCUAGCCUGGAGCGCGCCUACAUGGAAGGCAUGGAGCUCCCCAAGAUAACCAUUCAGAUGCCCGUCUACAAGGAGGGCAUGGAGUCGGUCAUCAUUCCCACCAUUCGCAGUUUGCAGCAGGCCGUCUCCUACUACGAGUCGCACGGCGGCACGGCCACCAUCAUGAUCAACGAUGAUGGCCUGCGCGCCGGUCUGUCCGAGGCGCAGGUCCGCCAGCGUCAGGAAUACUACCACAACAACAACAUUGGCUGGGUUGCGCGCCCGCGCCACAAUGGCGACGAAGGCUACGUCCGCAAGGGCAAGUUCAAAAAGGCCUCCAACAUGAACUUUGCCCUCAACUUCUCGCAGCGCGUCGAGCGCCGCAUGCAGGAGAUGAUGGACACCCGCGUCGCCGCCAUGGGCACGGACAUGAUUGACGAGGCCGAGGAGGAGGAAAUGUACAACGCUGCCCUGGCCCAGCUCCUCGACGAGGAGCCUCUUGCCUGGGCCGAGGGCGACAUUCGCAUCGGCGAGGUCAUCCUCCUCGUCGACUCUGACACCCGCGUGCCUAUCGACUGCCUCCUCUUCGGCGCCGCCGAGAUGUACCUCUCGCCCGAGGUCGCCAUUGUGCAGCACUCGACCGGCGUCAUGCAGGUCACCCGCGACUACUUUGAGAACGGCAUCACCUACUUUACCAACCUCGUCUACUCGUCGAUCCGCUUCUCCAUCGGCGCCGGCGAGGUCGCGCCGUUUGUCGGCCACAACGCCUUUCUCCGUUGGCGCGCCGUCCAGGACGUCGGCCGGCCGGAGCAGGACGGCGCGUACACGGCAUACUGGUCCGAGAGCCACGUCUCCGAGGACUUUGACAUUGCCCUGCGCCUGCAGAUGGAGGGCAGCGUGAUCCGCAUCGCGUCGUACCAUAACGACGAGUUCAAGGAGGGCGUGUCGCUGACCAUUUACGACGAGAUUAUGCGCUGGCAAAAGUACGCCUACGGCGUCUCGGAGAUGAUCUUCCACCCGCUGCACCGCUGGAUCUACCGCGGGCCCUUUACUCCUCUCUUCUACACGUUUCUCUUCUCCAACAUCAUGUGGUCGUCGAAAAUCUCCAUCAUGUCGUACAUGUGCUCGUACUUUGCCCUCGGCUCCGCCCUCUUCCUCACCUGCCUCAACUACUUCCUCAUCGGCUGGAUCCGCGACGAGCUCGCCAGCAGCUACCUGACGUCGUGGAACGUCUUCCUCUCGCUCGUCGUCGUCUUCAACGGCGCGGGCCCCAUUGCCCUCGCCAUCCUGCGCUACCGCACCGGCGAGCGCGGCCUCGUCGGCGCCCUCUUUGAGAACUACAAGUGGAUGCCGCUCAUGACCGUCUUCUUCGGCGGCAUCUCCUACCACAUCACCGUCUCCCUGCUCGCGCACCUCUUCCACGUCGAUAUGCAGUGGGGGUCCACGUCCAAGGAAAAGGUCGACUCCAACUUCUUCCAGGAGGUGCCGCGCAUCUUCAAGACGUUUUGGACCAUGUACGUCUUCAUCACAAUCAUGGUGGUGGCCAUGGUGUACCUCGGCGCCUUUGCGCCCCCGGACUGGGCCAUCAAGGACUUUUCGGCCAUUGUGCCCCUGGCCCUCAACUUGUCGUUUCACGCGCUGGUGCCGUUUGUGCUGAACCCCAGCUUGAUGGUCUUUGCCUACUAA